AACCAGACUUGCAUCAAACAUCUUAAAGCUAUAUCUUGGUUUCUUAAAUCUUUGAUUUCUAACAAGAAUUUGAAGAGCAUGGCUAAUAAUGCAGAGGUGAUUCUGUUGGACUUCUGGCCAAGCCCUUUUGGUAUGAGAAUUAGGAUUGCUUUGGCAGAGAAGGGUAUUAAGUAUGAGUACAGGGAAGAGGAUUUGAAGAACAAGAGUGAUUUGCUGCUGCAGAUGAACCCAGUUCACAAGAAGAUCCCUGUUCUCAUUCACAAUGGCAAACCAGUUGCUGAGUCUCUUGUCGCUGUUCAAUACAUUAAUGAAGUCUGGAAGGACAAAGCUCCAUUGCUUCCCUCUGAUCCUUAUCAGAGAGCUCAAGCUAACUUCUGGGCUGAUUUUGUUGAUAAGAAGAUAUUUGAGCUUGGGAGGAAGACAUGGGCAACAAAAGGCGAAGAGCAGGAGGCAGCAAAGCAGGGAUUCAUAGAGUCCCUUAAGCUCCUGGAAGGAGAGCUAGGAGAGAAGCCAUUCUUUGGGGGUGAAAAUUUGGGCUAUGUGGAUGUUGCUCUUAUGCCAUUCUAUAGCUGGUUUUAUACCUAUGAGGUGUGUGGAAAUUUCAGCAUAGAGGCUGAGUGUCCUAAGCUUAUUGAAUGGGCUAAAAGGUGCUUGGCAAAGGAGUCUGUGUUCAACUCUCUUCCUGAUCACAAGAAGGUCUAUGGAUUUAUGUUGGAGCUGAAGAAGAGAUUUGGGAUAGAGUAGAGAGGCCAUUGCUUAGAAAGGAGAUUAAUCACCUGGGUUUUAGUUGUCUUGUUUUUUGGCUUUCAAUGGUGUGCUUUUCUGUGCUGUUUCAUAUCUAAUAAUAAAGGCAGUUGAUUAAUUACUUUGUAUGCAAUCUUGAUUUGAUUA